GGUUAAAGGCAAUAGAAGUUGAAAACACCCUCCUCACUUCGCUCCGAGCCUCCCCACCAUCUUCAACAUGGCUGGUGGCAUUACUGAUACAGGAGAGCUUUACUCUCCCUAUGUUGGUCUGGUUUACAUGUUCAACCUCAUUGUCGGAACAGGAGCCCUAACCAUGCCGAAGGCCUUUGCAACAGCAGGGUGGCUCGUCAGCCUCGUUCUCCUAAUGUUCCUGGGAUUUAUGAGCUAUAUGACUACGACCUUUGUGGUGGAAGCCAUGGCUGCUGCAAAUGCCCAGCUGCGAUGGAAGAGAAUGGAAAAAUGCAAGGAGGAUGAUGAGGAUGAGGAUUCUUCCUCUGGAGUAUCUGACAGUGAUGUCCUCCUCCAAGAUGGCUACGAGCAAGCAGAGACACGACCUAUCUUGUCAGUUCAGAGACGUGGCUCACCCAAUAUCUUUGAAAUCACUGAGAGGGUGGAAAUGGGCCAGAUGGCUUCCAUGUUCUUCAAUAAAGUGGGUGUCAACCUCUUCUAUUUCUGCAUAAUUAUCUACCUCUACGGAGACCUGGCAAUCUAUGCAGCAGCUGUACCGGUCUCUCUCAUGCAAGUGACCUGCAGUGCCACUGGCAACCAUUCUUGCAGUGUUGGAGAUGACACAAAGUAUAAUGACACGGACAAGUGCUGGGGGCCAAUUCGGCGGAUUGACGCUUACAGACUGUAUCUG